AUGUUUGAUAUUAAAAAUGGUCUUUAUCAGGGAGCAGUUAACUCACCGAUCUUGUUCAGUAUUUACACUAGCGAUCUGGUAGGCUGCUUAACUCAGGAAAUUGGUCCUCUGAAGCUUAAUACAAGGAAGGUCGUUCUGAUCAUUCCUCUUAAAGAUCUUGUUAAUUUGCGGAAACAUACUCGGGUCACUAGAAUUAACUGCUCGAAUUUUCUUGAUCCAAAAACUCUUACAAAUCUUAUUGAAGCCCUCAAAGAAAUCUAUCCAACUACAAAAGAACACCAAAGGGAUUAUCAAUUGGCCAACUAUUUGAGCAAGGUUAAAUUUGUUAUGCAUCUUUUCGUGUUUAUGUAUAUGCUUCUCAUAUGGAGUUUUAAUCUUUUCGCUGUACUUCAAUAUGCUAUUGCAAUGGCGGUGGGUAGGCCAAUCGAGCAAUUCUUACCAUAUCACGUUUACUUACCUUGGGAAUGGCAUAAUACUCCUUGGUACUAUGUUCUUAAUGCUACCGAAAUAUUGGCCGGCUAUACAGCAGCCUCUGGAUUUAUUGCUUCUGAUCUAUUGCUUUGUGCAAUUGUUUCACAAAUUUGUAUGCAUUUCGAUUAUAUAAAUAGAAAGGUUGCUGAAUACUCACCGAAGGGGGGAAAAGAUGAUUUAUUAUAUCUUAAUCGAAUGGUGGAAUAUCACCAAAAAGUCCUUCAUCUUACCAAUGGAGUGAAUUCAGCUUUUGGCGUGUCGUUGCUUUUUAAUUUUGCUACAUCGUCGUUCAUUAUUUGUUUUGUUGGAGUUCAAAUAACAUCAGGAGUCUUCAAUUUAGUGUCAUUAAAAUUCACGAUUUUUCUAAUAUCCUCGUUGUUUCAAGUUUACCUUAUUUGCUAUUAUGGUCAAAAGAUAACUUUAUCGAGUGAAAAUAUUGCUGUGGGGUUGUACAAUCAGAUAUGGUACGAAAAUGCGAGUACUUCCUAUAAGAAGACGAUGAUUUUCAUGAUGAGUAGGGCGCAGAAACCUGUACAGCUAAAGGCAACUGUAGCUUUGCCUAUUUCACUGCGAACUUUUACAGAGAUCGGACAACUUUCAUACAAGUUUUUUACUCUACUCCGUCUCAUGUACGUUCAAAACUAA